UGAUAAGUCAAAACCAGUUAAAUUAGAUGAUAAUGAUUUGUUUGAGAAUAGUUGCAUUUAUUGUUCUAUUUUCUUCUGAAUGUUUGUGCUUUUGGUGGAGUUCAUUAUUGGAAAAUACAACUGAUAUUGACCAGAAUUACAAUCAAAGAUUUCCUCGCAAGACACUUUGUAAAUUAACUGCUUUGUAUAUUCAGCAAUGCGAAAUAACUAUUUCCCGCCUUGGCAACGAAAAAAUCACAGUAACUUACCAGAAGUCAUGCGAGAUCAAAGAUACGAAGUUUGUUUUUUAUUUUGGAAGAGAGGGUGGAUAUAUGAUGAAUUUCGAAACAAAUAACCCCUACAUCACUGUCGACGAUAUGAAGAGAAAAUUGCAGAAGACGUUUUUGGAAAUUGGAACACACUUCAUCUUGGCCAAAAUGCAAGCAUUUACGAUGAAAAAUGAGCCGCUAUCUGCAUCAAGUCCUCAGUGUCAUUUUUACGUGAGACCAGAGAAUGCCACUGCAGUAUUGGGGGCCCUGAACAGAAAUGCAAAGGAAUGGUCUACUAUAUUUGUUGAUGCCUCGAGGAGUAAGAACAACGAUGUAGGAAGGAUGAAUGUAGGAUUGUUGUACAGAUGGUCUUGCGUCGAUAACGUAGAAUUUUGCCAAGGGAGAGACUUAGGAACAAAUUCAAGAGUUCGUAUUGAUAAACAGUACACCCCAGAGGGCGCUCGGUUCGUCUUCACCGUCGAGGUGCGGACCGAUCAAUCGUAUUGGCAGAAAGCUGUUCAGUUCAUAAAUGUCAAUUCCUCCAUGCCAUACACCGUGAGUUGCAUCAAAAAUUGCGGUAAAGAACCCAACACAUGGAAUCCGAAGAUAUCCGCCUGGGUUUUCUCGGAGUGCCACUUUUCCUGUGACACAGUUCGUCGACAACAUGUCAAAGGUAGAUUGAUAGAUGAGGGGGGCGGAGUUCUGGCCGAAUACGGUAAUAUUGCCAGCUCCCCCGUUUCAAUCGGCGAUAUCAAAAAACCCGGAAAGAGAUACAAGAUACGGAUAUAUCACGAAAAAAACCACAAAGAGAAGCUUGUCGGUGAAAAUGACUUCUAUACUUACCCCUUGCCCAAAUUGGAGAACUGCAAGUCCAUCCCUUCAAAAGGAAGCCCUCUAACGAAAUUCAAAUUAUCUUGUGAUUAUGAAAAAGAAAAUGCAAAUACGUUUCGGCUCCAAAUCAGAACGAACAAUACAGUCGUCUAUUCGAUAAAUGCAACGAUUCUCGAAGAUAUUGAAUUUGUGGUGUCUUUUCAAUCAGAAGUUCUCAUUAUAAUUGAGGAUAUCAAUGGAGUGACAAAUCAACAAACUGUGAAGGUUGAGGUGGAACCCAUUCACGAUCAAGGAGGCAGUGUAACGAAUGUGGCCGAUGCACUGUUCAAUGUCCAUGGCGGACAAGAAGGAAACAACUCGGUUUACCAUUUGAUACAGGAGGGACAAUAUGAAACUGCUCUUCAGGUGAUUGGCAUCAUUGCAGGCGCUAUAUAUAAUUUGGACGUUACCGAUGAAAAAGAAAAGGAAGCAAUCCGUGCGUUGAAGAAAGAACUGUUAACUGAUUUAACAGGGGUGCCAAUAGAGACUAUAGAUAUAGCGAAAUCUGUAAGCGGUAUAGUAGGAAUGCUAGCCAAUCCAAACGCAGAUGACGCAUCUGAUCCAGUAAUGGUUAAAUUGUUGGCAACGAUUUGCAGUGAAGUGGCGAAAAGGCAACUUUAUCUGAAGCAGAACGACCAUUCAGGAAAAAUAGAUGAUCAGGAUAUAGCAACUAUUGCAAAAAACCUGUUGAAGUGUGCCGAUAGUGGAACUACUCCAAAUUACGAUAUAUUCAAUCAGACAGAUCUGGUGGAAAUCGGGGUAACAACACAAUAUCCAAUAAGAGAAAAUUUAUCAGAGCAAAGUUUUGAAGAUUAUCCACAGUAUAUUGCUGAUGAUAUAAUAGAGGAUCAAGUGCAAAAUUUCAUCGAUGCUGGCGAAAAUGUAAUCGAUGUUUGUCGGGACACAUCGGAUUCAAUGCUGUCUACCUUGAAUUCGCAGAUGAAGAGUCCGAAAUAUUUUCAUGGGUUGAAAAGUAUAUUAUCUUUGAUGAAAUCAUCUGGCCGACUGAUAUCGAUGGCAGAAUUCAAGCAGCAUAAUGCGACUAUAGUUCCAGGUCCUUACCUCAAACAACUGAGGUCCACUUUAAUAAUGCGGGUUUGCAGUUACGAAUACAAUCCUUUUUGGUCUGCAUCGAUGGAACUGCGGAUACCUACAAGCGUGUUGGAUGUAGGCAUAAUGAAAAUAGCCGAUAAAAAGGAAAUAAAAAAUUUCGGAAAUUUACCGAUGAAUAUUUCGUUCGAACUAUUGAAGGGCGCUACAGUAAAAGUUAAAAUAACACAAAGUGAGAUAACUAGUCCCCCACGAUACUCUGAAUACAAAGAAGACAAUUUCACUAUAUUCAUGGUGGAGGUCAAAAAAGGAGAAUCGUUCUUCAUAGAAUUCUACAACCUUACUAAAAAUGAUAAAAUCGAUAUUGCUGUAGCCAAUAUGAAGAGACCAGUUCUACAAUCUUUUGCUGACUUGGUACAUGCGGAUAUAAGAAAACCUAAAAUUUUUAUAGAAGUCAACGAAAAGGAUGGCGAUCAGUGGUUUCUGAUUGGGAUGAAGCCAAACUCAACCAUGGGAGUUAAGGGAUCAAUGAAAGUCUGGUUUAGUGUGUUUACACCCAGGUGUAUUCGAUGGGAAUCGAAGACGAAAAGUUGGAAAUUCGCUUGUUCGGUUUAUGUAACCACAACCCAUCGCACAGUACACUGCAAAUGUUUCCACCUGUCAACAUUGGCGGGUUUUAUCGAGUACAACAGGUUGAAAGAGCAUCAGAAAUUUCUUAAAAUUGAAUUUGAACUGGAAAUGAAAGGGAGCUUAUACAUCAUUUCGUUUGUGGUUAUCCUUUACGCAUUUUAUUUCUUUCUACUGAUGUAUUCUAUCAGGAAAAGCGAGACAUUGGAGGAUACAGUUUUUUUCAUGGCAGAUGUUCCUGCUUAUUGUAGAUAUGCCUAUCUCGUAGUAGUGAAAACAGGCGAAAGACUUGGUUCUGGUACAACAUCUGACAUUGUUAUCGAAAUAUUUGGAGAGAAUGGGAGUUCAUUGAAGCAUGUACUGAACUUUCCUGAUCCCUUUUUCGAACUGCUACGAAGAUCUGCUGAAGAUUAUUUGGUAUUAGCAACGAAAUAUCAUCUAGGACCACUCAGGAGGAUCAACCUUUCUUUCGACUGUUCAGGAACCUCGCCGAACUGGUAUUGUCAUUCGGUGAAAAUAUGCGAUUUGCAGACCAAACGGUGGUAUAAAUUCAAGGUGAAGAAGUGGCUGAGAUUCGACGGCAAUUCAAGAUUGUUCAUGAGCGUACCAGUUUCGGAAAAGGAAAUCACCGAGGCGAAGACAAGGAAGAAACGUUUUAUUAGGGGUGUACUCAAAUUUGGACAACUUCAUCACACCAUGUGGCAUUUGAUGAAAAGGGCAGAUGAUCCAAACUUUGGACCUGUCAAACGUUCAACAAUGAUGUUGUCAAUUGUUUUAACCAUAAUGGCACUUUCGCUGAAAUUUUAUGCCAGUCCAGAAUUCCUUCCCAGAGACAGCAUAACGAAAUAUUGUUACUUCAGAUUCCACUGGGAACAGUUGUUCAUAGGACUUUAUAGUGCUACUAUAGCCUUCUUUCCCCAUUUAGGAUUGAUGACUGGAUUCAAAAAAUCACGAAUGCAAUCACAACCGAAAACUUCCCAAACCAUGCUACCUGUUUACUGCACAUAUAUUUUUUGGACAAUUCUCAUUAUCAACGUACUCAUCCAAACCCACAUUCUCAUAAUAUAUGGACCCCGGAUCAUAUACCCUACCACUUGGGAAUGGACUAUAUCGUGGAUCAUUGCAUUGAUUGUUUAUAUUUUUAUCUUGGAAUUCUUUUUCCUUCUUCUCUUGGAGAUAUUCAUACGAGAAUUGCAAUCCACAAGGGUGAAUUUCACUAAAAUGCUGAAAAAUAUUGAGGCGCAAAGAAAAUAUCUCUAUAAACUAUUCGGAAAAGAGAUUUACAGGCCUAUCUUGGAUCCAGUUUAUGACUUUUUAGCGGGAGCUAGGUACUUGGCAAAGGCUAGAAGAAUUUAUUAUAGACAGAGGUGGGAUGUAACAUGGCAGAUGCAGGAUUUGGUCAUGACAAUUUUAUUGAUGAUAUGUUUUUAUCUUAUUGUUCGUGGUGAGAGAGACCAAGUUUACGAUUUCCUUGGACAUCGAGAAGUACUGUCCCUACUGAAUGGAGCCGAGAAUAGACGAGUGAAAUUGAAUAAUGUCACCCAAUCAGCAGAUUUUUUUGAAUACAUGGAAAAGACAUUCAUACCUACAAUCCAAUCUUACCAGUGGUAUGGCAGGUACAUGUCUAGAAAUCCCGGUAUGAUAUCAGACACUUGUAAUAGAUAUUUGGGAGUGGUUAGGUUGAGACAGCAUAGGGUCGAAGCAACUUGCACAGUGCCAAAGCAGAUGGAAUUCUUGAAGACAAAGUGCUAUUCUUCAUUUUAUUUCUGCGAGUAUGAUUUUCAAAACUAUACUCCUCACUGGAAACAUGCAGUCUCUAAGAUAUAUAGCUCUAGAAUGGGCUAUGUUUGGGGAUUUCAGAAGGACACAGGAAAUACAUUUUUUGGUGAAACUGCAUACUAUCCCCUAGGUGGUUAUAUUGCCCACUUAGGUAGGACUAUAAACAACUCAUACAUAAAUUUCAAUUACCUGAAAAGGCAGAAUUGGUUGGAUCACCGUACAAGAGCUAUAUUGAUUGAAUUCUGCAUAUACAAUGUGAACUCUAAUGUCUUCCAUUUUGUCGAAGUUUUAUUUGAGAGGGCAUCGACAGGAUACAUCAGUUCGAGAAUCAGGGUUAUGACGGAACGAGUGCUGAAAUACGGAUCAAAGAAAAACUAUCUAUCCCUCUUCUGUGCAGUUAUCUUCAUCAUCUUCGUAAUCAUUAUAUCAGUACGGAUUGGCAUUCGAAUAUUCAAGACGAGAACCUGGAACAAAUCCCAUCUUUGGCAUUUGCUUGACGUAGCCAUCGUUGCUUUCAGUUACGCAUUCGUGGUGAUGCACUUCAAGAAACUCAGCCUGUUGCAGGAAUUCGCGAAAGAACUGGAAGAGAAAGAGAGCAACGCUUUCGUGGAUUUCUUCGAGAUGACGAAAGUUGUGAACUCCUUGAAUUUUCUGACUAGUUGCUUGGUUACCCUAACAAUAGUGAGGUUAUGGAAGUUGCUAAGGUUUGCAGCAGUGUUUCGCGUGGUUGAGAGGACCUUAACCUUGUCCUUCGAGACGCUCUUCAUAAUGUUCAUCAUAUUCUCUGUGUACGAAAUCGGAUUCGGAUUUUUAUCCUACGUUUUCCUGGGUUCGAAACUUCCAGACUUCAAGGACUGGUACUCCGUACUUAAGGUAUUGAUCAACUUGCUAGCUCAAACUCAAAAAUCGUCUACAGGGGAUUUGGGCUUGAACCAAAGAGGUCUUGGUUACGUCUUCUUCGUCCUUUAUGCCAUCUUUUGCUACAUUCUCAGGACCAUGUUCGUUGCCAUCAUCGUGUACAAUUACAAGAAGGCUCGACGCUAUGCUUUCGAAGAAAGAACAGAAUACAGUAUGAAAGAUUACACUUUAGAGCGUAUUCGUCAUCUCAAACGUUUAACAGCAAUGUGGAUAGAAACGUUUCGACUGAGUGCUGGUGGUCAGGAAGAACAUGUUCAUCCUAAAAAACCUUGUUCAAGAUAUAUGAACUUCGUGGAAACUGAUUCGAACAGAAUGAAAGCUAUGGCAAGUGUUACCAAAUGCGUGCUUUUGAAAAAACUGAAGGGUUUGAGAACUGACGCUUCUGACCACAUUAUGAUGUUGAAGAUGGUGCAGCAGUUACUAGAUAAAAGUCCGGGAGAGAGGGAAAUAUUUUUCGUGGAAGGAAAUAUAAUAUCUGGUUAUACUUUUGUUGAUGAUCGGAAAAUGUUGAAGAUGGAGAGAAUUGUUAAGUCGCUUUUGGAGUCACCGCAACAGAGAGCUGUGAGGAGAAGGAGAACUGAUCUAAAUGAGGCUCUUAAAGCAGACAAUUUGGCUAAAAUGAUGCAGAUUAGUUAUCGUUUGAAUUUAAUGUUGAAAACUGUUAGAACAAUAGAGAUUGCAAUUAAAAAAGAAGAUGUAUCAUCUCAAGAGAGUAUUUAGAUUUAAAUUUUUGUUGUUAGUGUUAUUUUAUUUCCUCGACUUCUUUCAAUAAACUGUGAU